UUGGCACAGUCCUUGCCAGAAAGUGCCAGGACUAGUGAUGAUGGCCUCUACAGAGCCAUCGACACCUAUCUUAAGACUCAUCCAUCGCUAUCGGAACAUGAACGGAGGAGGAUAUGCAAAGUCAUGAACUACGAGAAGCUUUCACAAGAUGAAUGUUCGCAUGUUGCACAGAAUGACGGGUUGCGACUAAGAACCAGUAUCCAGGUACUUCUUCUUUACAUGAAUGAUUUCAGGCUUUUCAGCAAAUUAUUUAUCCCCGAAAAAUGUGCUGAAAAUAGUUGGGAUAUCUUCAGCCAUAAGAAUCUAGCAUACUCACACUCCCAACAAAACCCAAAAUGCAUACAUCUCAAUAAGCCCUUGAUUGUUUAA